GUGGUGACCCUCCCGGGGAAAGGACAGCACCAGGCGAACACCCUCUCCAUGGACAUUUCACCACCACGUUCGCUUGCACCACGGCCGGAGGAAGAUGAUAGCGAUGGUCGCAAGACCCGUGAUUCGGCAGCAACUGCAUCCGCACGGGAGACAUCGGCUGUUGGAGCGAGCGAUAAGGAUAGCGGCGACGACAGCACGAAGCGGGGAGAGAUAUCGGCUGUGGGAGCCAGCGACAAGGAUAGUGGUGAAGACAACAGCGGCCCCACGAAGCCGGAGGAGGUUACGGCUUGUGGAGCCAGCGAUAAGGACAGCGGUGACGACAGCACGAAGCGGGGAGAGAUAUCGGCUGCGGGAGCCAGCGAUAAGGAUAGUGUUGAAGACAACAGCGGCCCCACGAAGCGGGAGGAGGUUUCGGCUUUUGGAGCCAGCGAUAAGAACAGCGGUGACGACAGCAGCAGCUCCAAAAAGCGGGAAGAUAUGUCAGAUGUGGGAGCCAGCGGUAAGGAUUGUGGUGAUGACAACAGCGGGCCUACGAAGCGGGAAGAUAUGUCGGAUGUGGGAGACAGCGAUAAGGAUAGCGGUGGCGACAGCGAAAGGCCCAUCAAGCCUGCGGAAGUUCGAGUCGAAGCGGCGGACGUGCUGGACCUUCGUGUCUUCUGUGGCACCUGGAAUGUCGCAGGGCGGAAGCUUGACAGCGCGGAAGACAUGGGGUUGUGGCUAGACGUCGACAAGCUGGAUGAGGAGGGAGAUACCAGCGUCCCACCGGACAUUUUUGUCAUUGGGUUUCAAGAGGUGGUGGAGCUGAGCGCCCAGAACGUGGUGAUGGACAGCUUUCUCGACACGCAGAGUAGAACCAACUCGUUGCAGUGGUUCACGCACGUGUACGCCUACCUUGCGCAGUAUGGCGAACGGUACGGGGUGAGGUACGCCAUGGUAACGGAGCAGCGGUUACUGGGGACAUAUAUGCUGGUAAUGGCCAAGGAGGAUCUUUGCCCUAAGAUCGCAAAUGUUCAGACCGCAGUUGUGCCGACAGGACUCGGGGGUUACCUCGGGAACAAAGGUGCCGUGGCCGUGCAACUGGAGGUUGGGGGGCGUUCGUCGCUCUGCUUCGUGUGCGUGCACAUGGCGGCGCAUCGCGAACAGAUGCUGGCGAGGAACGCCGAGUACAAGCUUAUCUCGUCGAAACCCGUCUUCGCCGAUACCGACGGCAGGCUGCUCGUGGACGAGGCUGAGGACCCCGCAGGAAAGGAUAAAGAAAAGGACAAGGCCCAAGACAGGUGGCAGGGUAGCACAUGGGGCAGCUUGUUCGGGGCUGCCGGUCAGGGCGGGCGAUCAGGCGGUAUAUCACCAACGCGCAACUCGGAGGUGAAGAAAGCCAUUAGAGCCGCCAUGGCCUUUCGUUUGCCAAAGCGGGGAGGAGGCGAGGAAGGCCUCCCUGCAGGAGGAGUGUCUUCUGGAAAGGGCGAGAUCGACGGCAGCGGAAGUGAGGCUGAAAAAGGUACGAGGCCCGCUGAGGAGGUUGAGGUCGACGACUUCGCUUGGAUGCCGAGCGAUGAAGGGAUGAGCGCUGGUCUGCCGAAGACCAAAACGGUGCUGCAGGCGGACAUCGUGUUCUGGAUUGGCGAUCUCAACUACCGAAUCACAGAGGAGACUCCGGACCAGGAAGUGUUUGAGAUGCUUCAGAACGACGAUCUCGAGACUCUGAGGCGAGUGUGGUUUGGAUCAGCUGACCAUCGCGCGUGCGUCGGGGACGGCGUUCCAAGAGUUCCAGGAGGGCCCUCUCUGCUUCCCGCCAUCUUACAAGUACAUCCCCGGCACCAAGGAAUACGAUCAGAGGCGAGCCGGAGAAAAAGGUCCGAUGCCCGUCGUGGUGCGACCGUGUUCUCUACACGAUGGGGAUGCAGGGCGGCGACUCUGUUCGACGACUCGGCCUCGAGAGGUAUUGGAGCUCCGGCCCUCUCGUGUCCGACCACAUGCCUGCAUGUGAGCGCGCUCUUCCGCACAUCGCUGGCAUGCGCCCCUCAGAAGACUGUGGCCGAGCCGGACGUGGACGUGGAGCCUCUUAGUCCUCGCAGAACAGCUUCUAUAGCUGCGUCCAAGCUGUCUCCCUUUGCCCGUGUCGUGCUGGAGCCUCCGACCCUCGUCUUGAUUCUUGACCAGACGCCGUCCUUGUCGGCCGUGACGGAGAUAAGCAACACCGGUGGCAUCAAGGGGGCAUUCCACGUGUGUAAGGAUAGUCUCCCGGGCUGGAUAAGCCUCGAUGGAAGUGAGCUCGGGGAACUUGAACCGGGAGAGAAGGUGGAGAUCACCAUUGUUAUCGAUGCGGCUGAAGCUGAGGCCGCUGCUAGAAAGGAGUCGAACAGCGAUAGCGAAAGUGACACACAUCGACCGGCUGCUUGCGCGGUGUUGCGUAUCGAGGUAGACGGGGGCGGUUCCGGGACAAUGCUCCCGGUAGUGUGCAACCUUGGCGACAGAUGAUCCUGGUGGGCUGCCAUUGUGGAUGGUUAUCCUGUUGCACGUUUUAUGCGUAUCAUGAGGCCCUACAUACUUGGAGUUGCUUGCAAACACUGGAGACCAGGCUGUCCUGGGCCCCUAGACGUGUGGGUUCACAGGCCCCCACGUUCCCGAACCAUGCACAUCUGAAUUUUGAAACGAGCUUUGAUUCCGAAAAAGUCUAGCGUGGACCAGCGUGUAGCUUCAAUUGCGGUUGGCGAGGACGCAGGUCAGCUACAGCUACGUGUCAUGUGUAUGUGUGCGUAUGACAUGGAUUUUGGUAUCCUGUGGCUGGGCUACAGAACUGAACGUACAAAACCGAAAUGGUCAGGGUGAGAUAUAACAGCUUGCACCUGAUACAGUCGGCAAUCCGUCGCCGUUAUUGGUUGACGCCCGUUGGAAAGGUGAAAGCUCCACUGGCAAACAGGAGGUUUGGUAUUUCUUUGAAGUGCACCACCAACAGAGUAUGCGUGGGGCUAGAAACCGAACACAACUGUAUGGCCAGGUUGUACGCCGUUCGGACUGUUUACUUACGGUUUACUCUUCGUUGUCAGUCUGUCAUUCAGUGCAGAACCAGAGCCGUUGACAUUCUCAAACGAAGUGUGUGUGUCUUCCGUGUGCAACGACCCCCAAUCACUA